AUGUCAGAUACUCAACACGGUAACCCAUCCUUGGUUCUUAACAAGGUCGACGAUUUGUCUUUUGAAAACUUGUCAGUUCCGCAAAUCACAGAACCAACUGAUGUUAUAGUCGAAGUCAAAAAGACUGGUAUUUGCGGGUCCGAUAUCCACUACUAUGCACAUGGUAAGAUUGGUCAAUUUGUGUUGAGAAAACCAAUGAUUAUGGGUCAUGAAUCCUCAGGUGUGGUUAGCAAAGUCGGAUCAGAUGUCAAACAUUUGAAGGUGGGAGAUAGAGUUGCAAUCGAGCCAGGUGUGCCGUCAAGAUACAGUGACGCAUACAAGUCAGGUAAAUAUGAGUUGUGCCCUUGUAUGAGCUUUGCCGCCACUCCACCAACAAACCCAGAGGAUGAAAAUGCUCAGGGAACUUUAUGUAAGUACUACAGAGCACCCGCUGAUUUUCUUUACAAAUUGCCCGAAAGUGUUAGUUUAGAAUUGGGUGCCAUGGUUGAACCAUUGAGUGUUGGUGUACAUGCCAUCAAACUAAUUAAUUUGUCCUUUGGAGAAAAUGUGGUUGUUUUUGGUGCUGGUCCUGUUGGAUUGUUAGCCGCUUCUUCGGCUAAGGUUUAUGGAGCACAAAAUGUCAUGAUUGUCGAUAUCUUCGAUGAUAAAUUGAAAUUGGCGCAAGAGAUUGGCGCCGCCACACACGUUUUCAAUUCAAAGACAGGUGACUACAAAGAUUUAAUCAAGGCAUUUGGAGGUGUUAGACCUGAUGUUAUUUUGGAGUGUAGUGGAGCUGCUGCUUGCAUCAAAUUGGCUGUUCAGGUUGUCGCUGAUGGAGGAAGAAUUGCCCAAAUUGGUAAUGCUGGUGGCGAUGUACCUUUCCCAAUCAUUGAAUUUGCCACUAGAGAAAUUACCUUAUUUGGCAGUUUCAGAUACGGUUAUGGUGACUAUGCAACUGCAAUCAAGAUUUUGGAAAAAAACUAUAGCCGUGGAAAAGACCAUAUUUUAGUUGACUUUGAAAAAUUGAUUACAAAUAGAUUCCCAUUUGAUGAGGCUAUUAAGGCUUAUGACACAGUAAGAGAAGGAAAAGGUACAGUAAAGUGUAUAAUUGAUGGACCUAAAUAG